AGGAUGCUCGCUGCUGCUCCCAAUCCAUGUUCAGUUCACGGAAUUCACUUCUCUUCGCCGGCUGAGAGAUUGGCGACGAAACUCGUGUCCCCCUCAAACAGAACCUCACCAGAUCUAAUCAAGGAAAAAAAAUUAGAAGGAGGCCGUUUCUGUGAAUGAUUCCCGCCUGUUCUUUUUGUUCCUGGCGCAGGAUUUCGAAAGCGGAUGAUCUUGUUUUAUCAGGUGUUAUCUACUUUCUUCUGGUGACUGGUUGGAGAUUCUGUUGUGAGCGUGAAUCAUAAGGUAUGAGACUUGUUGAAGAGUCAUUAUUUUGUUGAGAAUGUUCUGACAGUAAAAGGCGCUUCAUUACUUACACCGGAAUACGGCUGGUGUUCUGUGUCUUUAUGGGAUACAGCAGUGUCCACAAAUCAUUUAAGUGUGAUGAUAGCUUUAGAUGCCUUUUCGGUGGACUUAAUAAAUAAAUAGGAAUUAAUAAAUAGGAAAUAAUAUGAAGAAAAAUUAAAUUCAUUUAAGUGAUCGAUAUUGUGCGUUAAAAGAAUAUUUCAGCUCUUAUCAAUGAAAGAAAUUAUAUGCAAUUUCACGGUGGAUAAAAUACUUAUAAAAUAAAUAGGACUUGACAUAGAAUCCUCUUAAACUAACGUCAGGCACAAUGAUCUCAGUUUUAUUUUGUGUUUAUUCAGAAACAUUAACGAAGAAAUAAGACAGUGUAAAAAUUUUUUAUGUACAGUUUAUUAUCACAAAUAUAAUCCAUAAUAAUAUUGAAGUUCUUGCUCAGUUUAAUGUUUCUAUUUUAGUUUAAGACAGAAAACAUUAAAGAAUCCAGCUUUUCUUGUACAUAGAUUUGUGUUUUAAAUAUCGGCAUCAACUCUACUAUCAUAGGAUACACUCUAUCUCUUAAAGUUAAAGUUCAACUCCCAAACUCCAGGAAUAUACAGCCAGACGUAAUCCUCAGUUCAGGGAAAGUCAUCUUGCAACUGUUUCUUGACAACUAUCUAGCAUGUGCCCUCCCCUUAGUGUACACACCAAAGACAUAGCAUCUGUUGUCUUCUGACAGGGCAACGCAGCUAUCAUGUUAUGAAGAGCUCUGUCGCCCACUGUCCAGCGUGGCCGACUACGAGUGUGAAUGCUGGCGGACGGACCCUGCCCUUGCAGCGGGCGGGGGUGUCCCUACCGCCAUCAGUACACCCCCCUGUGUGCUCGAGAUGACCUUGGACACGACUCUAAAGAAAAACAAGAAGAAACAGAAACAAUCCAAAAAGUCCAAGAUAUCCAGUUCAACGCCUGGCCGAUGCAGACGUUGUUGUGGAAGCUUCACUGCUUUUCUUUUCUCCCACGUGGGGCUUUGUGCUCUCGUCAUAGGGUACAGUAUCAUGGGAGCCUUCGCUUUCAGGGCCCUCGAAGCUCCCUACGAGGAGCAGAAGGCCUCCCAAGUGGGGCAUCUCCGGCAGGAGACUGUCCGGAGGUUGUGGGAGAUCACAGACAAACUGAAUGUCCUCUACAAGGACAACUGGACAGAGCUAGUAGAGGCAGAAGUAAGGAGGUUCCAAAAGGAGUUGAUUGUGGCUGUCAAGGAAGGAUAUGAUGGAAAAGAAGGGUCCAUUCAGCAGUGGUCAUUUUCAGGAGCCUUCCUGUACUCGCUGACCGUCAUCACUACAAUCGUUUCUGCUACUCAUGUGAAAAGGCGAAACAGAGGACGAAAUUCCAGCAGUAUCAAAAGCUGGCAGAAUAAAAAAUCUAACAAAUUUACUGAUGCAAUGGAUAUUGUCACUAUCCAAAUUUAUACCUUCCACAACAGUGAAAUUGGAUAA